UUCUCAGUAGCUGCAGCGCGGCGCCGGCGCCGGCCCGGGACCUGGAGCCGACAUGCCUCGGUAUGCGCAGCUGGUCAUGGGCCCCGCAGGCAGCGGGAAGAGCACUUACUGUGCCACCAUGGUACAGCACUGUGAAGCCCUCAAUCGUUCUGUUCAAGUUGUGAACCUUGAUCCUGCAGCAGAACACUUCAACUACUCCGUGAUGGCUGACAUCCGGGAACUGAUCGAGGUGGAUGACGUGAUGGAGGACGAUUCUCUGCGAUUCGGUCCCAAUGGAGGAUUAGUAUUUUGCAUGGAGUACUUUGCCAAUAACUUUGACUGGCUAGAGAACUGUCUUGGCCACGUAGAGGACGACUACAUCCUUUUUGACUGUCCAGGUCAGAUUGAGUUGUAUACGCACCUGCCUGUGAUGAAACAACUAAUCCAGCAACUAGAACAGUGGGAGUUCCGAGUCUGUGGAGUUUUCCUGGUUGAUUCCCAGUUUAUGGUGGAGUCGUUCAAGUUUAUUUCUGGCAUUUUGGCAGCCCUGAGCGCUAUGAUCUCUCUAGAAAUUCCACAAGUUAACAUCAUGACAAAAAUGGACCUGCUGAGUAAGAAAGCUAAAAAGGAAAUUGAGAAGUUUCUGGAUCCAGACAUGUAUUCUUUAUUAGAUGAUUCUACAAGUGACUUAAGAAGUAAAAAAUUCAAAAAAUUGACGAAAGCUAUUUGUGGACUGAUUGACGACUACAGCAUGGUUCGAUUUUUGCCUUACGAUCAGUCAGAUGAAGAAAGCAUGAACAUUGUAUUACAGCAUAUUGAUUUUGCCAUUCAGUAUGGAGAAGACUUGGAAUUUAAAGAACCCAAGGAACAUGAAGAUGAGUCAUCGUCAAUGUUUGAUGAGUAUUUUCAAGAACAUCAGAAUGAAUAAAAAGUUUAUUAAAAAAUAUAUACAUGAAGAGCUUGUGGCUGAACCAGCAAAACAUUUUUCUCAAAGGAUGCAGUACUAGAAAGCUGUGUAUUUUAAUGAACAAAUAUUUGGCGUUUUAUCUGCAGCACACCUCAAUCAACUUAGUUAUUCUGAAGCUGCUGCUGUUUAAAGUGGAAUGUUUUAGUGUUAUAUUUUUACAGUAUCAAUUUAGAUUUUAAAAUUGGAAUUGAAAUGAAAGCACAUAGUCUGGCCAGUG